UCUGUUGUAAAACCACCUCUGAUUGGGCCGAUCCAAAGGCAGCGAUAACAAGUCUGAGAGGGUCUGAACCAGAAAAGUUGCCUCAUUCUACAGAAAGACUGCAAAGACCCUGCUCCACAGACAAAGUGUGCGCUGCACCUCAGCUAGCAAGAAGCACACACUGCUGGUGCUGGUCCUGAAGGUUUGGCUGGGGCCUGGGAGGGCAGUGAGUUGGCUCUGCCCAGAGAGGGGCUGGUGGUGCUCUGCAGGAGCUGCUGCUGAACGAUCCCUCAUUGCUGCAAGAUGAUUAACGUUGGAGAGCUGAUUGCGCCCAUGGGUGCAGGCCGGUGUGUGGGCAUCCAGAUAACCAACAACACCAGAGAUGUGACCCUCGAGUACCCCAGGACUUACUGUUUCAGUGGCCGGGCCAUGAUAGAGCCUGUGUCCCACAUCCCCCCUGGCUCUUCGGGGAGCAGCGUGUUUGUGAAAACAAGCUACACAGCCCGUGGGAGUGUCGGGGUGCUGAGCUACGAGUCCGACAUCUUCACCCUGGCCAUCAUGUUCUCCAACCCCUUCGACCGUGUACUCUACAGCUCUGAGUUUGCCAUCCAGAUCUUCACUGGCAGGAAGCACUUCCACAGCAUGGAGCACCUCUACAACUAUAUGUACAGCAACGGCCCUCCCUAUAUAUGCAAGUCCUACCAGAAAGUGAAGCUCGAGGUCACGGAUGGCCAACUGGAGGUGAUCAAUGAGGAGAUCCAGGUGAAGGCCAACAUGUCCAGCAAAGAUAAGUCCGUUAUUCAAGUGCAGAUUGAGCAAAAAGAUCCCUGUCCGCCCUACACUGCCAAGCCAGCUGACCCAAGCCCACGGAAAUGCCCCAAUGUGCCAGACAAGGGGGCUGCUGGUGGGAAAUAGUGACUCUCUUUCUCCUAGCUUGAGUAGACAGCGAUGUGCUAGGUUGGCUCGAGUUAGUCACUAAAAAUGGCCAGAGUGGUGUGGGUGGUGGGAGGAGCUAGUCACCCAAGUGUACUCUCACCUGACCUCCUGACCCCCAUGCCACAGUGUCCAUACUGCUAUUUUUAGUGACUAGGGCAUGUCUUUCUACCCAAGCUGGGCAGUAUCCAGGCAUCCAGGGUUUUGUCAUCAUUUUAUAAAAAAACUGUUGUUUCUUACUUAUUUUUUAACCUCAGAAAUAACAGAUGUUGGCAUAUGAAGACCUGAAGUUUAAGCAUUUAUCAUGGUGAUAAAACUCCCAGAAAGCUUUGCAAAAAGUAAUGCUAAAAAAGAUAACAUAGAAUUAUUAGCAAAUAAGAGCUAAACUUCUUGUAACUGGAAAUAUGUUUAAGAGCAUGGCCUUGUGGUAUAGCUGUAUAAGGUUGUUUUUAAUUGCA